AUAAAAAGAAAACCAAGUUCUCAUGAAAUGAGAAACAUUAUUCAUUGAAAACAAAACCAAAAUCUAAAAACUUCAAGCUUUAACCGCCACCUUCAACUAUCAACCUUCAUGUACUAGAUAAUUAUUUUAGAUGUUCAAUAAUAUCUUUGCGUAUUUUGGAUACAUAUUAGGAAUUGAAAUCAUGUUUGGUACAAGUUAUUUUUUUGGAUUUUGAAUGUUUCAGGGUUUAUUGGGUAUCCAUUUAGGUUUGGGUUCAGUUCGGAUAAUACCCAUAACCUGAAAUACCAUAAAACAAGAUCCAUUCGGUAUUUAUGUCAGAUUCGAAUCAGUUCGGAUUUAUUUUUAUCGGAUUAGAUUCGGUUUAUUUGCCCACCCUAUUUCUCAGAAACUUCAUGAUGUACACUUGGAUCAAAUCAUAUUUGUUCUAUUAGUAAAUAAUUUAAUUUUAUAUGGUUUGGUUUACUGCUUCAUAAUGUUGACCAUUAAUUUAAAUUAAUUUAAUUUAAAUUAAUUUAAUUUAAAUUUUAUCUUAUUUAUUUUGUUUUAAUUUAUAUACUAUAAUAAUGAUUUGAAUUCACUUUUACUGUUCCACUAGGUUAAGAUCCGCGCCUUGCGCGGAAUAAAUAUUUUAUAUGCAAACUAUAUUUAUAUAUCAUUAUUUAUUUUAUGUAUUCUACAUAUUAUGAAAUAAUAAAAUAAUAAAUAUAUAUUGAAAUAUUGAGAAAUCGGUAAUAUUACGUAUAUAAUUAAAUUGGCUUGCGCAUAUAAAUCAAACCAUCACUCUUGUUUAUUAACGAUCAUUUUAUGGUAAAUAAAUAAAAAAAAAAUCAAUUUUAUCCAUUCUAUUUUAUAUAAUAAAAUUUAAAUGAUAUUAACAUAGAUAUAAAAUAUUUUUUUAGCAAAGCUGUUUAUUAAAUGAAGUUUUUAAUCAUAUGGAUUUAUGAUUAUUGUCAUCUUAUAACAAAAAAUUAAACCAUUAAUAAAAAAUUAAUUUGAGAUGUCUAAUAGUUUUAGUAAUUUAUAAUCAUUUUUAAUUGAAUGCAAAAUUUUAAAAUUAAAAUAUUAGUUAAGUUCAUAUAUUUUUUCAAUGCAAAUAUCAAUAUAUAGUUUGUAUUUUAUAUGAUAUGUAGCUUAAUUAAAUGAUAUAUAUAUAUAUAUUAAUACAAACACUUUUUAAUUUGAGAUGUCUAAUAGUUUUAGUAAUUUAUAAUCAUUUUUAAAUUGAGUGCAAAUUUAAUAUUAGUUAAGUUCACAAUAGUUUUUUCAAUGCUAAUAUCAAUAUUUUUUUUUGUCGUCUGCAAAUAUCAAUAUAUAGUUUGUAUUUUAUAUGAUAUGUAGUUUAAUUAAAUGAUAUAUAUAUAUAUAAUACAUAUAUAUAUAUAUAUUAAUAUUAAUAUAAGCACUUAUUAAAUAUAACUUCUUACUCAUGUGGUUUAUAACUAUUUAUAUCUUAUUAUAACAAAAAAUUUAAACCAUUGGUAACAAAAUUUUGUUUGAGAAUUUUAACAGUUUAGUAAUUUAUACUCGUUUUGAAAAUUUCAAAAUACAACAUAUACGAAAAAAUCUAUUUUUUUAUUAUAAGGUUAAUGCAAUUGUGUAAUUUAUUUUAAUAACAAAUAUUUAAACAAAAAUGAUUGAGUGUAUACAAAUUGUUAGCAAAUCUUUGUUAUUGGAAAUCAUUAAUUGUUAUAUAUAUAUUUUAAUAACAUUAGGUAAUUCUGUAGUUUUUAUUUAAGGAAAGAAUGAAGAAUAACUUUUCAUACUAAUAAAUGAUUUUAUGAUCAGUUUAAUGAAAACUAUAGUUUAUAUUUAGAUAGACCAACUUACUUUUCUAAGGAUUUUCAAAAAUCAUUCUCGUGAUGAUACGUGUCAUGCUUUCUAAUAUUGUAAUGGUUCUGUUUUAAUAUAUAAGGGAUUUAAUGUACAGUUUUUGACUUAAGGAAACAGUUUUUGUGAAGGUGAUUUUCGUUGGUAUUACUAGGAAACUUCGUGGAUGAUGAAAAACCGACUCUUUAACUCUUUAUAAAUGCAAUGCAGAUUGCAUUGACAUCGUUACAUCAGCUUUCAUUUUGCCUUGAUAUUCAAUCAAUCGCUGCCACCGAGAAAUUUAUAGCCUCUGGUUAUUUUUCUUGUUUUCGGUUUAGCAACUCCAGUUUUAACAAUAUCAGAGUCAAUGGCAACACAAGUUUCUGACCAUGCAAAGAAGGGCAAUAGUGUGGGAGUCAAGUUUCUCCUGGAACUCCCCAAAACCCUAAGCACAUCAAGCAAGAAAUGGCAUCAAGCAUUCAUCAAGAUUUACAGCUUAAGAACUAUCCUCAACUGCGCCAAACACACCAUCCGAAAACCAGGUUUGUUUCCACGCUCCAUUUCCUACACCGCCAUUGAUCUUGACCAUUAUCAAGGGGACUUCACGAUCGAUCAAGAAACCUUAAACAAUCUAGUGAAGAACAAGAACCAAGAGAAACUCGAGUCUCUUGGUGGACCUAAUGGCUUAGUCUCAGCUCUCCAGACUAACACGCGUCUAGGGAUCAACGAAGAAGCCGAUGAGAUUCAACUUAGGCGUUCAACGUUCGGGUUCAACACUUACACCAGACCACCAUCGAAGAGUCUCCUUCAUUUUGUGGUGGAAGCUUUCAACGACGUCACGAUUCUCAUCCUUCUCGGCUGCGCAACGCUCUCACUCGGGUUUGGGAUCAAAGAGCACGGACUGAAAGAAGGAUGGUACGAUGGAGGAAGCAUAUACGUAGCGGUUUUCUUGGUGGUAGCUGUCUCUGCGGUCAGCAACUUCAGACAGAACAGACAGUUCGAUAAACUCUCCAAAGUAAGUAGCAACAUCAAGAUAGAUGUCGUUAGAAACGGACGUCGUCAAGAAGUAUCCAUCUUUGACAUUGUCGUUGGAGAUAUCGUUUGUUUAAACAUCGGAGACCAAGUUCCAGCGGAUGGAGUGUUCGUUGAAGGACAUUCGCUGCAUGUAGACGAAUCAAGCAUGACCGGAGAGAGCGACCACGUCGAGGUAAACCUAAACGGAAACAUAUUCUUGUUCUCCGGUACUAAAAUCGCUGAUGGGUUUGGUAAAAUGGUGGUUACUUCCGUUGGGAUGAACACAGCUUGGGGACAAAUGAUGAGUCACAUCUCCCGCGACACAAACGAGCAAACCCCAUUGCAAACUCGUCUCAACAAGCUCACUUCGUCUAUAGGUAAGGUCGGUUUACUCGUAGCGUUCUUGGUUCUUCUUGUUCUGUUAGUCCGUUAUUUCACGGGAAGCACGAAAGACGACAGCGGCAACCGCGAGUAUAAUGGUAAGAAGACGAAAAGCGAUGAAAUCGUGAACGCGGUUGUUGAAAUGGUUGCGGCUGCGGUUACGAUCAUAGUUGUUGCGAUACCGGAAGGGUUACCAUUAGCUGUGACAUUAACAUUAGCGUACUCGAUGAAGAGAAUGAUGAAAGAUCAAGCUAUGGUGAGGAAGCUCUCUGCUUGUGAGACAAUGGGGUCUGCUACCACUAUCUGUACCGAUAAAACCGGUACUUUGACGCUUAACCAAAUGAAGGUAACCGAGUUCUGGUCCGGUUUAGAAUCAAGAAACGCUUCUUCUUCUCUGUCUCGUACAGUUCUUGAAUUGUUUCACCAAGGAGUUGCAAUGAACACUACAGGAAGUGUGUUUAAGGGUGAUUCUAUUUCAUCGGAGUACGAAUUCUCCGGUUCUCCGACGGAGAAAGCGAUCUUAAGCUGGGCGGUUGAGGAGCUGAAGAUGGAUAUGGAGGAAGUGAUGAGAGAACACGAUGUCCUACACGUUGAAGCUUUUAACUCAGAGAAGAAGAGAAGUGGUGUACUGAUCAAGAAGAGAGGAGAGAUCACAGUUCACUGGAAAGGAGCUGCUGAGAAGAUUCUAGCUAUGUGUUCUACGUUCUACGAUGGCUAUGGAGUCGCGAAAGAGAUUCAAGAAGACGAUAAGGUUAAGUUCGAGAAGAUCAUUCAAUCAAUGGCAGCUAAGUCCCUCCGCUGCAUCGCCUUUGCGUAUUCAGAACGUAACGAUAACAACGGGACGAAUAAGCUAAAAGAAGAGAAUCUCACCUUACUUGGAAUCAUCGGAAUCAAAGAUCCGUGUCGACCAGGAGUCAAAAAAGCCGUCGAGGAUUGUAAACUCGCCGGAGUAAGCAUCAAAAUGAUCACCGGAGACAAUAUUUUCACGGCGAGAGCAAUCGCUGUAGAGUGCGGGAUCUUAACACCCGAAGACGAAACGAACGAAGACGCCGUGUUAGAAGGAGAAGCGUUUCGUACCUACACGCAACAACAACGAUUAGAGAAAGUCGAAAGGAUCAAAGUGAUGGCGAGAUCUUCGCCGUUCGAUAAGCUCUUGAUGGUGAAAUGCCUCAAAGAGCUAGGUCACGUCGUGGCGGUUACAGGCGACGGAACAAACGACGCACCGGCGUUGAAAGAAGCGGACAUCGGACUCUCGAUGGGGAUACAAGGCACGGAGGUGGCGAAGGAGAGCUCCGAUAUCGUGAUCCUCGACGAUAACUUCGCCUCCGUCGCGACGGUUUUGAAAUGGGGGAGGUGCGUUUACAACAACAUCCAGAAGUUCAUCCAGUUUCAGCUCACCGUCAACGUGGCUGCUCUCGUGAUCAAUUUCGUCGCGGCGGUAUCCGCCGGUGAAGUUCCGUUGACGGCGGUUCAGUUGCUUUGGGUGAAUCUGAUCAUGGACACGCUCGGCGCGUUGGCUUUAGCUACAGAGAAACCGAGUAACGAUCUUAUGAAGAAUAAACCGGUCGGUCGAACCGGUCCGUUGAUUACAAACGUUAUGUGGAGGAAUCUAUUGGCUCAAGCGGUUUACCAGAUCGCUGUGUUGUUGGUGUUUCAGUUUCGAGGGAGGGAGGUUUUUGAUGUGACGGAGAGAGUGAAGAAUACUUUGAUAUUCAAUACGUUUGUGUUGUGUCAAGUGUUUAAUGAGUUUAACGCGAGGAGUCUUGAGAAGAAGAAUGUGUUUGAAGGGUUGCAUAAGAACAGGCUCUUCGUUGGGAUUAUUGUGGUGACUGUGGCUUUGCAAGUUGUGAUGGUUGAGUUCCUGAAGAGAUUUGCUGAUACUGAGAGGUUGAAUUGGGGUCAGUGGGGAGUUUGCGUGGCGAUAGGGGCUGCGUCGUGGCCAAUUGGAUGGUUGGUGAAGUGUGUUCCGGUACCGGAGAAGCACUUCUUUAGCUACUUGAAAUGGAAGAAGAGAUCAUGAGAAGCUCUUUUAUGUAGAAAUGGAUUUGAUUUGUGCAUGGGAUUUGAAGUAACUAUUUGUUUCUUUUCUCCUAGUAUUAUUUGAAUAACAUUGAAUUCUUUACAUAUUGUCAUAUGUAGAGUGAUAAAUUUAGAUUACAAUCUUUCUAGAAGGGGUUAACAUUUGAAUCUGUGGCAUGUUCUGAUACAUGAACAUGGACUCUCUUCUGGAAUGUAGUUAACCGGGCAUAUUCAAGUUGGAUAGGUAAAAGUUUGCACAAGAAGACACAGACUUUUGCAUCACACCAUGAACCAUCUUACCUUUGAAGAUCUUGAAGGUGAAAAGUGAAAACAAUGGGGAAGACAUUUUUUUUCGCCAGUGUUUUCCUUGAUUCUGCACUCACCGAUUUCCUCUAGACUUUUGAGUGUCACAAACCUUGGUAAAGGCAUCUACUAGGCGGAUGAGAAUAGCCUUAUGGAUCAUCAUGAGCCCGUUUGGAUUCACCUCAUCAGCUGGAAUCAAGAUUUGACUUUGAUGAAUAUUUUUCAGCUUCUAACUGGGAAAGAUUCAGUUACAAAUCACGAGAGUUGUUGCACUACUCUUCUCAGAUGACUAGGAAGGGAAAAAAAAGAGAUCAUUGGGAAAAUAAAAGGGCAAAUUAGCAUCUCAAAGGUGGUUUAUUUCUAAGAGAAUCUGAGUCAGAUGUCGUAAUCACAUUUUGAUUCAAGAUUGUGCAUUCUACAGUAGCAAGUUACCAAUUGUACCUCUUUACAUAAAAUAUUUACCAAAAUGAUCAACUUCAGGUUUUCUUUCAGACAUUUCAGCAAAGAGUUUGCAUUCAUGUAAACAUGCAAGUGCUAGUCCACAACUUUGAAAAGUUGCAUAGAAAUAGCAAAACUGCUUGUUGUUGUUUCAUAUAAACACAAUCGUUUCAUAUGGUACAAGUUUUCACCAGACGGUGGUUUGAUCAAAUAUUACAGCUUUCCUAAAGGAAAAACAGUCUUUUAUGUAAUUUAUUUUGAAAAAAAA